UUUUACUAACAACACUACGAGACAAAGCACACAACAUAAAGGUCGAAGAAGGGAAGAAAGAAAGAGAGAGAGAGAGAGAGAGAGAGAGAGAGCACAAAUCAAUUAUGUCGACGCUAAGCGUUCCUCCAGUUCCAACCUCCCCAAGAGACGACGCUAUUGCACUUUACCGUGCUUUCAAGGGGUUUGGGUGUGACACGGCAGCAGUGGUCAAUAUUCUUGCCCAUCGUGAUGCAACACAACGUGCUCUCAUCCAACAAGAAUAUAGAGUGAUGUAUUCUGAUGACAUUCUUAAACGCUUGUCUUCAGAGCUUAGUGGCAAAUUAGAGACGUCAGUUCUGCUCUGGAUGCAUGAUCCGGUGGGACGAGAUGCAAUAGUUGUCAAGCAGGGAUUAAGUUCAGAGACAAAGAAUCUUCAAGCUGCCACUGAAGUAAUAUGUUCUCGUACACCAACCCAGAUACAGUGUUUUAAACAACUAUAUCAUUCUAGAUUUGGGGUUCCCCUUGAACAUGAUAUUGAAAUGCAAGCCUCUGGAGAUCAUAAAAAGCUCUUGCUUGCAUAUGUAAGCACACCCCGUUAUGAAGGUCAGGAAUUUGACAGAGAGAUAACUGCGAAGGAUUCAAAGGCUCUUUUUAAAGCAGGGGAAAAGAAAUUGGGAACUGAUGAGAAGACCUUUAUCCACAUAUUCAGUGAACGAAGCAGGGCACAAUUGGCUGCUAUUAUUUCUGCUUACCAUGACAUGUAUGGAAAUUCACUUAAAAAGGCAGUGAAGGGCGAGACAUCGGGGCUUUUUGAAUAUGCUCUCUUGACAAUUUUAAGCUGCUCAGAGAAUCCGGCGAGAUACUUUGCUAAGGUGUUGCAUAAGGCUAUGAAGGGCUUGGGGACUGAUGACACCACCCUUAUAAGGGUAAUUGUGACAAGGACUGAGAUUGAUAUGCAGUACAUAAAAGCUGAAUACCUGAAGAAAUACAAGAAGACAUUGAAUGAUGCAGUCCACUCGGAAACAUCAGGCCAUUACAGGACUUUUCUUCUUUCUCUUCUGGGUCCCAACCGUUAGCCAAAUGAUAGAUGAUAAGCGUUUGUAGGGGAUUAUGAUGAUGCUGCUCUAUUAUGUUGUUUCUGUCUUGAUAGGAUCAUUGAUUAAGCUUCCUAAAGUGUGUAAAUAACUAAAUAUUGUGUUGGGUGCUAUAAAUAAAGAACUUUGAAAAUAUUUUAGAAUCA